AUGGUCACAGCUAAGUCCGUUAUCGUCGCGAUUCUUGUGGUUUUUCUUGGGGUUAAUGGAAUUGAGCGCGAUCCGAACUGGGCCAAGAAACUUCUGGAAGUCCUCAAGGUAAGAGAUUCCUACAUUGCCAAUCUCCAAGACGUCAAGAAAAGUAUGGAUUCCAAGAAGAUUGAAGAUCUAAUCUCUGUACUAAAAAGCGUCCCGGGUCAACUGAAAGGAAUAGAUAAUCUCGAUCUAUCAAUCGUGGAAACUAACAAAAACAUAUUGAGAGAACUUUUCAAAGAGCCCGAAGAACCUAUUGUGACCAAAUUUUUUGCGAGCAAAAAACUAAAACGAAAUUAUGAAACUCGUGGUCUUGGCUUUAUCUUAAGGACGAUGAGGGCUUCUUAUGAUUAUCGUUGUCUGCUUGUUCUACUCUCACCUCCUCCAAAGAAGCCAAGCCAAAAGUCCUUACCAAUAGAAACUAUGUGCUCAAGAGUUAAAGAGGAUGUAGGGAAACAAGAUACAUUCGUCUUCUCCACGGCAAAGAUUUGUAAAAGUGUAAAAAAAUGCUCUGGAGUUGAGACGGCUUUUCCUUAUGGGGACACUGAUGGCACAAACGCCAAAGAUGCUUGCACGAAGGACAACAAAUGUGAUAUAGAGAAAGCAAUUCCAAUGAUGGGGGCCUUACUUUGGUACAAGAUAAGUGACUUUAUAGCAAAAAGCUUUUGCAGCAAUUCCCUCGGCCAACCUGACGAAACUGCAAUACUACGAAGACUUGAAGACAUUCAAAAGAUGGCAAAUUUGAUCAUGGCGUACGGAAGCACCUUUUACUGGAAAGACUUUUUCACGACAGCCGUAUUUGUGAACGCCUUUUCCAACCUAGAAAAGGCGAUGGAAUUAGUACAAAAGAGGGAAAACGCGCUUGGUUUUGUUUCCUUAGCCUGUAGUGAGCUGCAAGCGGAAGACAUGUGUGAUGUUGGCAGCAUUCACAAGGAAUAUCAAUCGUUGAAGAAAAUAAAAAACGAUCUCCUAAAUCCUCCUCAAACCCGUAACUUGCGUCUUUAUUCCAAAAUUGAUCAUGCCAAGAUGAUUGAGCUUAAGCAAAACGCCUUGAAACAUAUCGAGCUUCUAGGAAACAUCAGAAAACUAGACGAAAAUCUGCGUGCAGCAGUGAAGGGAAUUUCGAAUUAUUUCAAAGGUCUUGCAGAAUACGAUCAAGGCAUUGCACAAGCCGACGUCACAUUCCUUUCUGACAAAUUGAAAGAAUUUGAUAAACAGGCUACCACGCUGUCAGAGAAGCUCGAAAAAGAUGUAAAAGCUGCAAUGACAGCCUUAUUAGUAACGCAAGCGGCUCAAGUAAUUGAAGAAAGUACUAUUCUCGGACUAAAAAUUGCACAACAGAUGAAUCCUUUAAAAGUAUUUUUUAGUGGCGUUGAGGCAGGAGAAGUGUAUGAGCAAACAGCGGAAGUUGCUAGAGCAGUUCAAGAGCUUGCAAGAGGUUCUGCUCUAAUGGCCAAUCUCUACCAAGUUUAUGACGAUACUUCGGCUCUGGCGAAGUCAUUUCAAGAGAACGCAAACCAGAUCUCAAAUCUCGACGUCAUGGUAAAUGCCAUAAAGGAAAAUAAGAUUGACCAAAUUGGGUUUGAUGCAGAUAAGUUUGUCGAGGCAUAUGGAGCAUACACACCCAAGGUUAAUCGAUCGCAGCUGGCUAAAAAUGAUGCUUUAUGGGCUGCGUUCAAAGCAUCGACUUGCGACCUGCUGUUCAACGCACAAGGAGUCGGAGCUGCUGUGAGUCAGGGUGUCGUAGGAGGAAUGUUGCUGUGUGAAAAUCUGGAAGGAACGCUAGCCGAGUUUGCUGCACUCAGAGAGAAUAUAUUUGAUUUUCAGUUUGACCUGGUUGAUGCCUUAGCCCGCGUUGUUCGUGGCAUCGUUGCCAAGAAGUUAGCCGAGUCAAUCACAGUAUCCAAUGAUCUGUUAGAUGCGAGCAAGCUCAUGGUGGGGUUCUUUAUGACUCAGUAUCGGCUUCAGUCCCACGCAGCGUUGUAUUGUGAUAAACUGGAAUAUCUAAAUCAAGGCACUGAAAUAGGGGCAUGCUCCUCUACUGGGUUUUUUACUGAACACAGUUUGAAUACCCUUGUCGCCUUUAAUCCUGAUACUACGUACGAUGUGGAUGAGCGAUUUAUUUACAUACCGACACGUCCUCAGUUCGUUGGUGACAUCGGCUUUAUCAAUCUGCCAAGCCUCGCAAGAGGGGAAUCUGUUACCUUCCGGGUACCUGCAAAGAGAGAACUGCUGCGAAAGUAUAACUGGCUGGCGCGUGGAGAACAGCUGGCUCCUUUUGUGGAAAGCUUCAAGUUGUAUCUUCCUCUCAGGGAGUAUAAAGAGGGCGAUGAAAAACAGCACUCGAGAACCCGAAUUCAAUUAACAUCUGUGGCUGGCAGCGCGUUCACUGAAAACGCCGAUAUCGUGUACAACCUUCCGUUUGAGGACAGCAACUACCUUACCAUAUAUAGCGAAGGUUACGAUAGAUGCCCAAAUGGAAAAGAAAUUGUCAACCCUUACAGCCUCUGUAACAAUCUCCCCAAGGUCUGUGACACAAACACGAGAGUACCACCACUUACAAAGAGUAUUAUGCCCACUAUUCUUUCAACAUGGAAGCUUAGUUACACGGUAGAGACGGGCGAUAGAGACCUGACCUGGAAUGCUCCGAAUCCCGCCACAGAUCUUCUUCUCAUUGGAAAAGUGAAGCUCCGAUUCCUCCCUAGGCCCAACAAAAAACGAGUAUUAGUUUACCGAAAGGACGAAUUUGCCUUCGGAUGCUGUACUGGAAACACCUACAGGAAAGACUGGAGGGAUAAGACUUGCACUGAUUGCCCCCAAAAGCCUCCCACAGACUCCAAGUCAAUGUUGGAUGGCUACUACUGCGAAAAGGGAGAUGAGCCAGUGGCAAGCAAACCACCCGAAAAUUGA